AACCAUACACAGCCUCAGAGCACCCUCAGUCUGCCCGAAUUUGAGGAACCGAUUGCCGUGGCAGUGCUAAGGAGUGAUCGACAUGGGCUUAGGGGAAAAAGUAAAACGGGAUGUCCUGAGCGCUGCCAAGGCGAGGCUGAGGAGAGCCUUGUCGAAGCGAGCGCGAAUCAAAUUCUCUGCAGGUCGCCGGUCUCAAUCCGUUACUUUUAUACGUCGCCCAGUUCUCAGUGGUUACAUAAAUGAAGGAAGUGCAGGAUGAACUCGAACAUGGACUCAACUACUGAUGGGAGCACUGGGCUCUCUACAACGACAAAGCCCUCAUUCAAAGCCACCAAACAUACAGCCUGGGAGUCCACAAAGAACUGGUACUCUCGAACCGUUCUCCGAUCUGGUACACAAUAUAAUCUGUGUGGCAGUCAGCCUUCUUCCGGCCCGAAAUACUUCCAUGGAUGGCGACUGGGCUCGUUACUCUCGGGCUGUCUGGUAGGCAUCUGCCUGUGUCUUAAUAUUGCAGCCACCACCUACCUUCACACCAAAUACCCCCCAAACGAGGACGGGCUGGGUAUAAUUCUCGAUCAUGACUGCGGCAAGGUCCACAGUAUUGAUAGCCGGUUUCACUAUGCGAUUAACGUUAUCGCGACCGUUCUGGUCAGCGCAAGCAACUACAACAUGCAAUGUCUAACAUCACCAACCCGCAAAGCUGUUGACACAGCCCAUCAGCAAAGGAAAUGGCUUGACAUUGGGAUUCACUCAAUCCGCAAUCUUUCGCAUACCGCACGCCCGAAAGUGAUAUUCUGGCUCGCACUAGCACUGAGCUCGCUGCCUCUCCAUCUUUUGUGGAACUCGGCCAUUUUCAUGACAACUACCUUUAAUGACUACAGCGGCUUAGUCGUUACGCCGGAGUUCUUGGAGGACCAUAUUCCAAUUGGAAUUAACUGUGGACAAGAUGCGAUGGAAGAAUACAAACUGUCAGACCAUCAGAGCUAUGUUACUUGUUGGCUGCGCGACAUGGCUCUGCAAUCUCCGAGGAAUAUGAGCCGAGUUGAGCCCAAGAAUUGCAUGUCCAAGUAUGGGAAUGGUCUUGACGGGGCGACUUUCAAUCUUCUUGUCGUUACCAAAAAUAACAGCAUUGCCAAGCAAUCUGACUCGUUUCCACCACCAGAGAAUACUACCCUACCCGUUCUUUCUUAUUUCCAUCCCCUUGACUAUCCCCAAAAGAUGCAAGACUGGUGUUAUAAUCAAUGUGGGAGAUGGGGUGAUGGCAAUAACGCCGAAAAGUACUGCCUAGAUGCCAAUUGGGACAACUCGUCCACGCCAUUUGCUUGUAUAGAGCAUAUGGUCAACAAGACAAGCUGGCAACCUGAUCCAAUUCCGCAGGUAGCUUAUUGGAUGUGUGCCCCGGACGCAAUCUUCUACGAUCAGUGCAGUAUCUCAGAAGCCCAGAAAAAUUCCAGUAACUGGACCAUCUUACCGGAAUAUUACGAAGUCGACUACUGCUUGACAACUGAUGCAGACCACGAAUGUCAACUCAAGUACAGCCCAUUGAUACUGUACGUUGCACUCGCUUGUAAUGUUUUGAAGAUUGUAUCAAUUCUAGGUUGCCUCUUCAUGUCUCGAGAGCCCAUAUUAGCAACAAUUGGUGAUGCCGUGGAUUCUUUUCUUCGGCGCCCAGAUCAGGCCUCAAGGGGGAGGUGCCUGAUGUCAAAGUUGGAUGAUUCAAUUUUUCCUGAGAUUGACGAGCCUGUCGAGCCAUUGAAUUCAAACCAUCCACAGCCUUGGAUUGGAGAAGAACGCUGGCUUAGCAGACAUGGGACCGUUCGACGUUGGGCAUGUUGCAUAUUUCUAUGGUUGGCAUGUGUCAUUGUUGCAAUGAUCUUCCUUGUGAGAGGAAUUAACCUAGUGGGCAUGAAAAAUGCAUUCACCUUGGGAUUUGGGGCUCUCAGUCUCAACGCCAUCGUCGCCACAUCUCAUUAUGAAGGAGGCAGCUCCACCUCAGUACUCACCACUUCUCUCAUUUCCAACCUCCCGCAACUUCUUCUUUCGGGACUAUACUUCAUGUACAACGCGGUCCUAACAAGCAUGACCGCCACCCACGAAUGGAGCAUGUUCGCCCACAAACGAACAACACUCCGAGUCACCGUCCCAUCUGGAGCCCAACGUGAAACCUACUGGCUCGAGCUUCCGUGGCGAUAUUCCCUACCCUUUCUGAUAUUCUCCACUGUGUUACACUGGCUCAUUUCCCAGUCCAUUUUCUUGAUCAAUAUACAAAUCUACCAGCCAAAUAACGAGCUACUGAUGAAACCCACAGAUAUUUUUCCUACCGUGAGCAAUACAGGCAUGACGACUGCCUGUGGGUAUAGUCCUCUUGCUAUCACCUGUGCGCUUGCAGUUGCAUUGGUUUUGCUCGUCGCUCUGGCCGUCAUGAGCUCCUGGAGAGCGAAGCCAGGGAUACCCGUUGCGGGCAGUUGCAGUCUCGCGAUAAGUGCUGCCUGUCACCCUCCUGAAACAGAUUCUUUGGCUGCUGUUAAGCCAUUGCUUUGGGGUGCCGUGGCACAUGAGGAGAACGGAAAACCGGGCCAUUGUUGUCUUACUUCUUUCGAGGUGGAGAAACCAAAGAAGGGGGAAUUGUAUGCUGGCUACUGAUAUCGGUAUUGUGUUAUCUUUUGAUGUUUCUUUUG